AUGGUUGUUAGACAAUAUGCACAAGAAUUGGAGUACCUAGAAAGGUUAACCCCUCACAGUUGGAGGAUCAAAAAAGGUUUCCAACCUAACAUGAACGUCGAAGGAAUUUUCUAUGUUAAUCAGACCUUAGAAAAAUUAAUGUUCGAUGAGUUAAGAAACGCUUGCAGACCUGGCAUGGUCGGAGGAUUUUUACCAGGCGUAAAACAAAUUGCUAAUGUUGCAGCUUUACCUGGAAUCGUCGGUAAAUCCGUUGGUUUGCCAGAUGUGCAUUCUGGUUAUGGUUUUGCCAUUGGAAACAUGGCAGCAUUUGAUAUUGAUAACCCUGACUCUAUCGUAUCACCUGGUGGCGUAGGUUUCGAUAUUAAUUGCGGCGUUAGGUUACUAAGAACCAAUCUGAUGCUGGAAGAUGUCUUACCAGUCAAGGAACAAUUGGCUCAAAGUCUUUUUGACCAUAUACCUGUAGGAGUUGGUUCUAAAGGUAUAAUUCCCAUGAACGCCAAAGAUUUGGAGGAGGCUCUUGAAAUGGGUAUGGAUUGGUCCUUAAGGGAGGGUUAUAUUUGGGCGGAAGACAAAGAACAUUGCGAAGAAUAUGGAAGAAUGUUGAAUGCUGAUCCAUCUAAAGUUAGUUUGAGGGCUAAAAAGAGGGGUCUACCUCAGUUGGGAACUUUGGGUGCUGGAAACCACUAUGCUGAAAUUCAAGUAGUUGAAGAAAUCUUUGACAAAUGGGCUGCAAGUAAAAUGGGCAUUGAAGAACAGGGUCAGAUAUGUGUGAUGAUUCACUCUGGAAGUCGUGGGUUUGGACAUCAGGUUGCCACAGAUGCUCUUGUACAGAUGGAGAAAGCCAUGAAGAGAGACAACAUAGAAACCAAUGACAGGCAGUUGGCUUGUGCUCGUAUCAGUAGUCAAGAGGGUCAGGAUUAUUUGAAAUCUAUGGCAGCAGCUGCGAAUUUUGCUUGGGUCAAUAGAAGUUCCAUGACUUUCUUGAGUCGACAAGCGUUUGCUAAGAAGUUUGGUAUGGCUCCAGACGAUUUGGACAUGCACGUGAUAUAUGAUGUGUCACAUAAUAUAGCGAAAGUAGAAGAGCACAUUGUCGAUGGUAAACCGAAGACGCUUUUGGUGCACCGAAAAGGUUCUACAAGAGCAUUCCCACCUCAUCAUCCUCUUAUACCGGUGGACUAUCAACUGACCGGACAACCCGUUUUAAUCGGAGGCACCAUGGGUACUUGCAGUUACGUCUUGACGGGCACAGAACAAGGAAUGUUAGAAACUUUCGGUUCUACUUGUCAUGGAGCGGGUCGAGCAUUAUCCAGAGCCAAAUCUAGGAGGAAUUUGGACUACACCGAAGUGUUACGUAAAAUGGAAUAUAUGGGCAUUUCGAUUAGGGUUGCGUCGCCCAAAUUAGUGAUGGAAGAAGCUCCUGAAUCUUAUAAGAACGUUACGGAUGUGGUGAAUACUUGUCACGCGGCUGGGAUAUCUAAAAAGGCGAUCAAAUUGAGACCUAUCGCCGUUAUUAAGGGUUAA